AUGAAGUAUAUGCCAACCCGCGAUCUGGACAUUGUCACCUCCUCCCUCAACUUUACUACCCCCGAUCUCCACGUUGUCGGCGGAUGCGAUUUGUAUACGACUAAGGCCGCAGGAGGAGACAAGAAAUUGUACAAGAGCAUUGAAAAUGGCCUCGAAGCGCAAUACAAGGCGAAUCUCCAAUUCUCCAAUUCCCUUUCUCCGCCGCAGGCGCAUAUGAUGGCUUCUAGUUUAAAUCUCAGUCGGAGUAGCCCAUUCGGCAAUCUGGGAAUGGUCAGCUCGAGGAGGACUUAUGCCUACCUUAUUGCCACUCUCAACGCUAGCCAUCCAGAUUAUGAUUUCUCUCACAUGCUCCGACCCACGGAUUUCAAGCGAGAAAAGAGCCUUCGGCAAGUCAUGAACAAUUUGGAUACAACUCUGUACAACUUGCGACCUCGACCAUUGAAUUCGUUUCUCAAUGUGCCAGGUUUGUCGCCGGAGUCUGCUUGUCCUCCUUCGAGUCAAACACACUGGGGUCCCGGCAUGUGGAGACUGAUCGAUCAACAGAUGAGCUUGAGAGACUGCAGCAUCUACCGAUAUGCACCGGAAGAUUUUGAUCCGUUUGAAGAUGACGAAGAGGGAUCAAUCUGGUCAAUGAACUACUUCUUUUUCAACAAAGCAAGAAAGCGGGUGUGUUACCUGUAUCUUCGAGGCAUCAGCGUUUUAGCAAUGUCUACAGUUGAAGGUCUUCGAACGCCGAUCAAAUCGAAGAGACUCGCAGAUGACGACUCAGACGGAUGGGCUACUCCAGAUCUAGGUGCUCAUAAGAGGGCGAGAUACUGGCUUGGAGACCGCGAGGACGUCGAGGUUGUUGAAAAUGCCGAUACUGAGAUGGCGUCGAUUGAAAAACCGAUUGAGGGACCAGUCCCCGAAGAACGAAGUGACGAAGAAUAUUUCCCCCCGCCAGCUCGACCGGUGGUUGAUGAACACGACAAUUACGUGCUGAGCGACGAAGAGAUGAGGAGUGCUAGGAGCAAUAGCAAGAGCACAGCUAGAGGUGUGAGUGAGGAAGUCGUCGGCCCAAUUGAAGUUUGA